CUACAUUUGUAUAAACAAACAUAUAUGUGAAUCAUGUGAUCCAUAUCGGAAAUCACAAGUCGUAUCCUCUAUCCCUUGUGAUCUUGCUUCCCAGAAAGAAAAAAAAGGAGAUAAUACUUGUGUUUCUUUUAAUGGAACGCAUAAGCACGACCAAUAUCUUAGUGCUCGUUCUUCUGCUCUUCGUUGUUCCCAAGGUAUGGGAAGCUUGUUUGAUCCUCCUUUGGCGGCCAUUGAUGCUGUCAAGGAGAUUUAAGAGACAAGGAAUCUCAGGACCAAAGUACAAAAUCUUGUACGGAAACCUCAGUGAGAUGAAGAAGAUGAAGAAAGAAACAAACCUUUGGGUUCUUGAUCCCAAGUCCAACGACAUCUUCCCUCGUGUGCUUCCUCACUAUCACCAAUGGAUGUCUCAAUACGGAGAAACAUUUCUAUACUGGAAUGGGACAAAACCUACGCUAUACAUCUCAGAUUCUGAAAUAGCAAAACAGAUCCUGUCGAGCAAGUUCGGUUUCUCUGUUAUACCAGUAAAAAGACCUGAGGUCUUCCUACUUUUUGGUAAAGGACUAACCUUUAUAGACGGUGAUGAUUGGGCUCGCCAUAGACGAAUCUUGAACCCUGCUUUCUCCAUAGACCAUCUCAAGGCUAUGACGAAACCGAUGGUGGAUUGCACCUUGAGGAUGUUCGACGAGUGGAGCAAACAGAGUAAUGGUGAAGUGGUGAUGAAGUUGGAGAUGGACAAAGAGUUUUAUAGAUUGGCCUCCGACAUUAUAGCCACCACUGCGUUUGGAAGCAGUUACGGGGAAGGCAUCGAGUUCUCUAGAGCACAGAAAGAGCUUGAAGAUUAUUAUGUUACUUCUCUCACUAAAAUCUUCAUCCCUGGAACUCAAUACCUUCCUACGCCUACCAACCUUGGACUAUGGAAGCUCGAUAAGAAAUUAAAGGACUCGAUCAAAAGAAUCAUAGACACAAGGCUAAAUUCAGAAUGUAAGAACUAUGGAGACGAUCUUCUAGGGCUCAUGUUGAAAGCUGCAAAAUCUCAAGAGUCUGAUAGAAAAAUGAGAAAUGAUGAGAUCAUAGAGGAAUGCAAGAAUUUCUACUAUUCAGGGCAAGGAACUACUUCGCUUCUGUUGACAUGGACUACGAUGUUACUGAGCUUACACCAAGAUUGGCAAGAGAAACUUAGAGAAGAGGUUUUCAAUGAAUGUGGUAAAGAUAAGAUCCCAGAUUCAGACACCUUAUCCAAACUCAAACUGUUGAACAUGGUGUUGAUGGAGUCGCUUCGUCUGUACGGACCCGUGAUUAAAAUGACACGAGACGCAACACAAGAUAUGAAGGUAGGACACUUAGAGAUCCCAAAGGGCACGAGCAUUAUUGUUCCGUUUCUGAAGAUGCACAGCGACAAGGCCAUAUGGGGAGAAGACGCCGAACAAUUCAACCCCUUGCGAUUCGAAAACGGCGUUUCUCAAGCCGCCAUUAACCCAAACGCUCUCCUCGCGUUCUCAGUUGGGCCAAGAGCUUGCAUUGCAAGAAACUAUGCCAUGCUCGAAGCUAAGACUGUGGUCACUAUGAUCCUUCAGCGGUUCCAUCUUAGCCUCUCCCCGGAGUAUAAGCACACGCCAGUUGAUAACUUCAAUCUCUUUCCGCAAUACGGCUUACCGGUAAUGCUUCAGCCUCUCGAUAGUAGUUCUCAACGGUGAGGAAGAGAACAAAUUACAAAACAAGAUCUCAAUGGAUUUAGUCAAGUUAUGUUCUGUAAUUGGCCUUGAUCUAAAUAAAUGUUAAGAUGACAUACUUAAAUGAAGUGGGAAUAAAUUCAGAACAUGUGGUGGCUGUUUUAAUUUCUUGAUUUCUCAUCGUCGAUUC